AUGCCGGUCUUGCCACUCAAUCCGGUCAACCGCCGGGACCUCGAGGCUUACCGCAGGGAUGAAAAGUACGGGCACAAGUUACUGACGCCCGAGGAGAGGCUUCGCUUGCUCAAGCCCUACCUGCCCUCGCCGCCGCCGUCGCGCACCUCACAACGCGUCCAGAAACAACUCCCAGACCAGCAUACCUUGGGCCUCCGCCGCUUCUUCAGGAGGCAGCUGCACCUGCUCGUCUUCACCUCCAUCCAUGCCGUUUUUUCGCUCUACGUCCACAUUCGCCAGGCAUACCACGCCGUGGCCAACCGCAUCUACUCGGUGUACUACUACCACCAUAGGGCUCCCGAGUUGAUCCAGGGCGACGUCAAGGGGCUGCGCCGCCUACCAAAGCACCUGAGCGUCAUCCUGACCCUUGAAGACAAUGGCAAGGGCGGCGCCGGUCUUGAGCGGCUGGUCAACGAGGCCGCCGACAUAGCGGCUUGGUGCGCUAGCGCCGGCAUUCCACAACUUUCCAUCUACGAGAAGACGGGCAUACUGAAGGGGUUCAUGCCCGAGACGCACGAGGCGCUGUCACAGAAGCUAUCUGCAUACUUUGGGCCCGACUUUCCAGCACUGAGCCUCGGGGCGCCCCACAGCCCUGCCGUUGAGCCCCGCCUUAGCUCCCGGACGGCGAGGCGCGUUGAUGUUGCUGAGCAGAAGCAUCUCUCGGUUCUCCUUCUGUCUGCCGAGGACGGGCGGGACUCGAUUGUCGACCUUACCAAGACGCUUGCCGAGAUGGCACAGCGGUCAAAGCUCUCCCCCGCCGACAUCAACAUCGAGCUGGUGGAUGCCGAGUUGAGUGAGAGCGUUAUGGGCGAGCCGGACCUGCUUAUUCACUUUGGGCCGUACGUCGAGCUGGCCGGUUACCCGCCGUGGCAGGUCCGCCUCACCGAGAUCUUCCAUGUGCCUGACAACCAAGGCGUUGGGUACCAAGUAUUCUACCGAUCCCUGUGCAAUUAUGCCCGGGCACAGAUGCGCCUCGAUCGGCUGCUAAUUAUGGGUGAUGAUACUACUGCUCACGGCCACAGCGAGACGGAGGGAAUCACUACGGUUGGAGACAUGAACGUGUUCCGGCCGCCGGUUGUGCGCUCGGGCACUGCCGCUCUGAACCGCGCCCUCUUCUCCAGGACCUUCGACCUGGCUGCCGCCGCCGUGAACGACCCCCGCCUCAUCUCAAAAUACCGGAACGCCUUGCAGAGCGCAAAGGAGCUCUUGCGCGUAGAGAGGAUAUCGGGCGUCGCUGCCCAUCCAGACCCCGCCCUAGCCCAGCAGGGCCGCAAGUGCCUGCUUCUAAGUCCUAGUGUCAAGGCCAAAGCGCCUGAGACAUGGGGCCCCGUACUUAGAGACGGUGUCGACAAACAGGACUUGUCUGUCGUCCCGUACGAGCUCCGCCUUGGCUAUGAUGACUGGUCUUACCAUGAUAUCAUAACAUCGAUAUUCCCCGAGGAAUUCCAAGAUGAGAUCCCGGCUGGCUUCAACACGGCCGGUCACGUGGCACAUCUGAAUCUGCGAGACCGCUACCUCCCUUACAAAAAGGUGAUAGCCGAGGUCUUGCGGGACAAGUCCCCGCACAUCAGGACCGUCAUCAACAAGGUCGAAAACGUCGGGAGCGAGUCGCAGUUCAGGACCUUCCAGUACGAGGUCCUGGCAGGGGAGGACAACAUGGAUGUCACCGUCUCGGAGGGCGGCUGCUUGUUCGACUUCGACUACUCCAAGGUCUACUGGAACAGCAAGCUUGAGACGGAGCACCGCCGCCUUAUCGAUCUGUUCCAGCCCGGAGAGGUCGUGUGCGACGUCAUGGCCGGCAUUGGCCCCUUUGCCGUCCCUGCUGGGAAGAAGGGUGUCAUCGUAUGGGCCAACGAUAUGAACCCCGAGAGCUACAGCUGUCUCCAGAAAGCCAUCAAGAAAAACAAGGUAUCAAACUUUGUUCGGCCUUUCUGCACGGACGGACGCACGUUUAUCCACCAGGCAGCCGACUAUGUUCUUGCGGCGUCGGAAAAGGGCGAGAGCAUCACCAUCCCUGCGAAGCGCCCAACAGGCUCGAGGACCGCGGCCAAAAACAGCAACAACCCAGCACCAGAACCCCAGCUCAUCUCCAUACCGCCGAUAGUCUCCCACUUUAUCAUGAACCUGCCGGCCUCGGCCAUCGAGUUCCUAGGCUGCUACCGCGGGCUCUACGCCGGGCACGAGUCCCUGUUCGCACCCGGCACGGCCAGGAAGCUCCCCCUGAUCCACACGCACUGCUUCUCCGUCAAGGCCUUUGACGAGACGCCCGGGCUCGACAUCUGCGAGCGCAUCACCAAGGAGCUUGGCUUCGCCGUGUGGCCCGGCGACACCGACACCGAGGGCCACGUGGCCAUCCACCACGUCCGCGACGUCGCGCCGGCUAAGAGCAUGUUCUGCGCGAGCUUCCGCCUGCCCCGCGAGGUGGCUUUUGCUCCGAGAGCCUAG